AUGAUAAAAACAAAAAAUAUUGUCUAAAUUGAAAAAAUAGACAAUACAGAUUGGCCUAUAUUUAAAUGUGAUUAAUCACAUAAUAAUAUAUUCUGGGAUAAAAAGAAUGAUUAGAAAUUAGAUACAAAUUAAAUCAUCAUAAAAGAUAAUCUAUUUAGAAUUGGAAAAAAUAAAUCUAUACCAAAGUAAUAUACUUAUUUAUUAAUGAAAUCUGGAAUAUUAAUAUAUUAGGAUUCUAAAAUAAAAGGAAAAAUACAAUUAAAUCUUAAAAUAUUAAUAAAGAAAAUUGAAUUAACAAAUGAAGAGGAUCAACUUUAAUAAAAAAUUGUUGCAAUUAGAAUUUAAAAAUAUUAGAAUUGUUUUAUAUAUAUUUGGAAUCCAGAAAAUUAGUAUGAUUAUUUAUUUAUUUUAAGUAUAGAACAUGCACAAUAAAUUGGUAUAAAAAAUUAGCACAAUUUUGUGUUUCUUAAAAUUUUGAAGGUUUUUAUAAAAUUAUAGAACCAAUUGAUCAAGGAGCUUUUAGUUCUGUAUUUCUAGUCUCUUAAUUAAUGCCAGAAGAAUAAAGAAAUAAAAAAUUUGCUGCUAAAAUUUAUUCUUAAUCUUUAUAAUAAAAGAUUUCUGCAAAAUAAAUGAAAGUAUAUUUAUAUUAAUAUUAAGGAUUUUGUGACAUCUGAAUGUUAAAUUCUAAAAAUUGCAAAAUCUGAAUUUAUUGUAGAACUCUUUGAAGUUAUAUAAUUAGAAGAUGUUAUAAUAUUAAUAUUAGAAUAUAUUUAAGGAGGAACAUUAUCAAAUUUAAUUAAAUAAAAUGAAAUACAUGAAUUGAUGUCAAGUGAGAUUUGUCAUUAAAUUAUAUUAGGAUUAAAAGAAGUACAUAGGUAUUAAUUAUAAUUUAUAUAUAGAUGUGGUUAUGUACAUAGAGAUAUAAAAUUAGAUAAUAUUCUAAUAUCUCAAUUUAAUCCUAUUUAAGUUAAAAUUAUUGAUUUUGGAUUUGCUGAAAAAAUCAAUAAAAAUUAACUUAUAAAUAAAUAAGGAACACCAGGAUAUAUUGCACCAGAAUUAUUUGAUUUGGCUCCAUAUACAGAGAAUUGUGAAAUAUUUAGUUUAGGAAUUUUAUUUUAUAUAUUACUCUGUGGAAAUUUUCCAUUUAGAAGUACAAAUUAUGAAGGUAUAUUUUAGUAUUUUAUUAGAAAAGUUUUAUUAGAAAGAAAUAAGUAAUGUUAAAUCAGAUUAUAAUUAGAUGAAUGGAAAAAUAUCUCGUCUUCAGCUUAAAGAAUGGUAUAAAGAAUGCUUGAGAAAGAUCCUAUUCGCAGGAUUACUUUUUCGGAAUUAACAAUACUUUUAGAAUUACAUAUUAGUAAUUUAAAAUCUAAAGGAUCUCAUUUAAGAUAGAAUCUCAAUUAAUCAGCCAAUUCAUCCAAUAUUAGAGGAAUUACAUAUGAAAUAAUUGAAAAAUCUCCUAGCAAAUUAGUUUAAGCUAUAAAGGAUAAUGAUGAUGAUGAUAUUGGUUUAGAUGAAAAUAGCCUAAAUAAUAAUAAUAUUUGGAAUCUACAAUAAUCAUGCAAAUAUUAUAAUAAAUAAAAAUGGAUAACUUAAUGA